GUCACAUCUGUUUCCUUUACCACUGUGCGUCAGGCGCGGUGCGGUGUGUUCACGGUGUGUUGAGUAGUUUCCAUCGGAUUUAAAACAUAAUAAUGUUCUCGUCCCUGUUAGACAAGGCGCGGAACUCGCCAUUCCGGGGCCCGCUCACACCCGCCCAAUGCCAGGCCUCCACACCGGCACUUGAACAGACCAGCGGCAUGGGCAUGGCCGCGGCGGCGGUAGUCCCCCAGGGUGACUCCUGCGAGUUCGCCUCCACCAAGUACUUCGCACUCUGCGGUCUUGGCGGUAUCCUGUCCUGUGGUAUCACCCACACCGCUGUGGUGCCCCUUGACUUGGUGAAAUGCCGUCUUCAGGUCGACCCCGACAAGUACAAGAAUGUAGUCAACGGCUUCAAGGUCUCGGUCCGUGAGGAGGGCAUGAGGGGGCUCGCCAAGGGAUGGGCACCCACCUUCUUUGGAUACUCCCUGCAGGGUCUCUGCAAGUUCGGUCUCUACGAAGUCUUCAAGGUGACCUACUCUGGUCUCUUGGAUGAAGAGACAGCCUACACAUACCGUACCGGUGUGUACUUGGCCGCUUCCGCCUCUGCUGAGUUCUUCGCUGACAUCGCUCUGUCACCCCUAGAGGCUGCCAAGGUCCGCAUCCAGACCAUGCCUGGUUUCGCCAACACCCUCCGUGAGGCGUGGCCCAAGAUGGUCCAGAACGAGGGCUACGGCACCUUCUACAAGGGUCUCGUACCGCUGUGGGGCAGACAGAUCCCGUACACCAUGAUGAAGUUCGCCUGCUUCGAGAAGACUCUUGAGCUCCUCUACAAGUACGUAGUCCCCAAGCCCCGUGAGCAGUGCUCGAAGGGCGAGCAGCUGGUGGUCACCUUCGCUGCUGGUUACAUCGCUGGUGUGUUCUGCGCCAUCGUCUCCCACCCCGCUGACACCGUUGUGUCCAAGCUGAACCAGGACAGAACCGCCACCGUCGGCUCCAUCGUCGGCAAGCUCGGUAUGGCCGGAGUAUGGAAGGGUCUCGGACCUAGGAUCGUCAUGAUCGGUACCCUCACCGCCCUACAAUGGUUCAUCUAUGAUGCCGUCAAGGUUUGGCUGCGCAUGCCCCGACCCCCGCCAGCUGAGAUGCCCGAGUCUAUGCGCCUCAGACUAGAAGCAGAAGAAAAGAAGUCCAAGUGAACUAGUACAUUAUAAAUUAGUAAGAUCACAUCGCGCGCUUUUCAAACUUCAGUUACAAAAAUUACGGAUGCGGAUCGCCGGAUUUACGUACCAACUCCGGGUUUCAAAUCCGUAAUUUAAAACCUACCCUCUUUAAGUGAAAUGUCGAAAGGUCCGUGACCAAGACCUUAAGCAGAUACUAAGUAUUUGUCUAUGGUGUGUGUAAAUAUCAUGAAAGGGUAGUAACUUAUUUAUGUUUAGUUAUAAAAGAAUGGUUUUGUAAGAUUGUUAUUAAAACUCUUUAUUGAGAACUUUUUGAAUUUAUGACAAUUAAAAAAACACGAUUUUGUGUGAAAGAUGUUGAAGUAAUUCCAAAAGUUUUUUAUCUUCAGUAACAUCAAAGUUGAGAGGGGGAUGUAAAGAAAUAUAUUCCUAUCUCUUUCUUUUAGAGUUUUUUUAACAAUAAGGCAGUAUGGAUAUUCUGUAUGAUAUUGCGAUGAUAUUACGCGCGCGGUGGUAGAACCAUCAACAGUAGACAAUGUGAUUACCAUGUUACAGUAUAUUAUAUAAGUGAAUGAUCAUGUUAAAUUAUUUUUUUUUUGGAAAUAAAUAAAAAUAUUUUUAUUUUA